AAAUCCGUUUAGUAUAUGUAUUUAAUGCUCAGAACAACGGUAGGAAGAACCCUUGGUAGGUACCAGUGGGGACAAAAGCAAUUAGCUUUGUUAAGAGGAACGAGUACUACAGUACCCAAACCAGAGAAAAUAGAAGUAUUUAUCGAUGACAAACCAGUGUAUGUUGAACCAGGAACAACAAUUCUGCAAGCUGCGGCCUUGAUAGGCAUCGAAAUUCCUCGGUUUUGCUACCAUGAACGACUUGCAGUGGCUGGAAAUUGUAGGAUGUGUUUAGUAGAAGUAGAAAAGUCUCCAAAACCCGUUGCAUCUUGUGCUAUGCCUGUUAUGAAAGGAUGGCGAAUAAAAACAAAUUCAGACAUGACAAGGAAAGCCAGAGAGGGUGUGAUGGAGUUUUUGUUAGUAAACCAUCCCUUAGAUUGUCCCAUAUGUGAUCAAGGUGGAGAAUGUGAUUUGCAAGAUCAAUCAAUGGUUUUUGGAUCUGACAAGUCUCGUUUCACCGAUAUUGAAUUUUCUGGUAAAAGAGCAGUAGAAGAUAAAAAUUUGGGUCCUUUAAUUAAAACUGUAAUGACUCGUUGUAUUCAUUGCACCAGAUGCAUUCGAUUUGCUUCUGAAGUUGCAGGCAUUGAUGAUUUAGGUACAACUGGCAGAGGCAACGAAAUGCAAAUAGGAACUUAUGUAGACAAAUUUUUUUUGUCAGAAGUUUCUGGCAAUGUAAUAGACCUCUGCCCUGUAGGUGCAUUAACUAGUAAGCCUUAUGCAUUCACGGCAAGACCCUGGGAGACUCGUAGAAUAAAUUCAAUUGAUGUAUCAGAUGCUGUAGGUUCAAAUAUAGUUGUCUGUGCCAGAACUGGUGACGUAAUGCGAAUAUUGCCACGAACUAAUGAAGAAGUUAAUGAAGAAUGGUUAUCAGAUAAGGCAAGAUUUUCUUACGACGGCUUAAAAUGCCAACGAUUAGUAUCACCAAUGCUUAGAGAUUGUAGUGGUGAAUUAAAGAUGGUAGAUUGGGAAGCUGCCCUCCUAGCAGUGGCUGACAAAUUAGGAAAUGCAGGACCGAAAGUCUGUGGAAUAGCUGGCAGUUUGGCUGAUGCAGAAUCGAUGGUUCUUCUCAAGGAUCUUGUUAACGUGUUGGGAUCAGAGUUACUCUUUACAGAAAAGUCGUUCCCCUUAACGGGUUCUGGAACUGAUUUAAGAACAAAUUAUUUAUUUAACAACGGAAUAGCAAAGGUUGAGGAAGCAGAUGUGAUAUUAUUAGUAGGAACAAAUCCUCGAUUAGAAGCUCCCUUAAUUAAUACCAGAAUAAGGAAGGCAUUCGUACACAAUGAUGCUCAGAUUGCAGUAUUGGGUCCUUGUUUGGACUUAAACUACACUUACGAGUACUUAGGAGACGAUCCAAGUGUCUUAAGAUGCAUUCUAGAUGCCUCACAUCAGUUUCAUAAAACUUUAAUGUGUGCCAUGAAACCUCUAAUUAUCGUGGGUUCAGAUACACUUAAUAGAAGAGAUGCAGCUGGUAUUAUCACCGUCUUGCAAACAAUUGCCAACAAAAAGAAGAACGUUACCGAUUGGAAAGUGUUUAACGUUUUGCAUAAAACAGCUAGUCAGGUAGCUGCUUUAGAUAUCGGUUACAAGCCAGGUAUUGAAUGUCUUAAGCCUGAAAUGAAGAAUGUCAAAGUUUUGUACCUAUUAGGGGCUGAUGAAGGCUCCUUUCACAGAAAAGAAUUCCCAGAUGACACCUUUAUCAUUUAUCAAGGUCAUCAUGGAGAUUAUGGUGCGACCAUGGCUGACGUGGUUCUGCCCGGAGCUGCGUAUACCGAAAAACAAGCGACAUACGUGAAUACAGAAGGUCGUACUCAAGAGACAAUAAUGGCCGUGUCGCCCCCAGGCUUAGCUCGCGAAGACUGGAAAAUAAUACGAGCCCUUUCAGAGAUCGUUGGAUAUCGUUUACCUUACGACACAUUGGAUGAAGUCAGAAAUAGGCUGCAAGAAAUUGCCCCCCAUCUCACCCGAUAUAACAACUUGGAACAGAACAGCUUUUCCGGAGAAGCAGCACAGUUGGCACAGGAAUCAGAUGUGCCUCUUGUUGAUGCUCCAUUGUGUGUCAGCCAAACUGCAUUGGAAGACUUUUAUAUGACUGAUGUUAUAAGUCGAGCAUCCUCUACAAUGGCAAAAUGUGUUGCCGCAAUGCAAAAACAGAGGCAGUCAAGAUAUUAAAUAAGAGAAAUAUCCAUUCGUCGUAAAUAAAUGUAUAUUUAUUAAUUUUAGCAAAGAAAAUGAAAUCCUGCGAUAGCAAUUGUUACAUUUAAGUUGUAAUAUUUUCAAAUAAACAUUUUACUGUCUCA